CUACCAUUUCGCUGCAUCCAAACACGAGGCAGUGUUUCGCAAACAUUGUUUUUCUCUUUCGUCCAUUUUAUCAAACACUUUUCAGACUCUUUCCUCUUAAUAUAUAUGGUUGUGGGUACGAACAUAUUCCCUUCAAUUCAAUAAAAGGCCGCUUUAGGAGGAACAUUGUUGCUCUUCCCAAUCGUCUUUGGAUCAUCAAUCAGAUAGGAAAUUUAGCAGGUCAUCAGCUGCACACAGAAAGAAGACGAAAAGAAGAUGAGUACCAACGAUAACAAUGGAAGCGAUGGUGGUGAGAAGCGUACCCCAAAAUUGAACGAGAGGAUCCUUUCAUCUUUGUCUAAGAGAACCGUUGCGGCUCACCCAUGGCAUGAUCUAGAGAUCGGCCCUGAAGCCCCCAAAGUUUUCAACGUGGUUAUUGAGAUCACUAAGGGAAGUAAGGUCAAAUACGAAUUGGACAAGAAGACAGGAAUGAUUAAGGUUGAUCGUAUUUUGUACUCGUCUGUGGUUUAUCCUCACAACUAUGGAUUCAUCCCUCGAACCUUAUGCGAAGACAACGAUCCUUUGGAUGUGUUGGUUCUCAUGCAGGUCGAGUGUCUUUCUUUUUGUCUAUAUAUUUCUCUUCCAUUUUGGUGUGUGGAAAUUGCUAACACAGGAGAGAAAGAUGACAAGAUAAUUGCAGUUUGUGUUGACGAUCCUGAGUAUAAGUAUUACAAUGACAUCAAGCAGUUGCCUCCUCAUCGCCUUUCUGAGAUCCGUCGUUUCUUUGAAGAUUAUAAGAAAAAUGAGAACAAGGAAGUUGCAGUUAAUGAGUUCUUGCCUUCUGAUGGUGCUACUGAAGCCAUCCAAUACUCAAUGGAUCUUUAUGCUGAGUACAUUCUCCAUACACUUAAACGAUAAGCAAGAAGAGGCAAAGGAGGCCAUUUUGUUAUAAGUUGGUUCCUUGCUUGGACGAAUCUCAAAAUAUACUAUACAAUAAGCCGCUUCUUGAUUUAAGUUUUACUUAUACUUAUUGAAGUUUUGAUUUUUGAAUUUCUAGAGUUCAGCAAUGUCGUAAAUGCAACUCUUUAAUUUUAUUUCUGUAAAAAAAAAAUUUGCCCUCUCUACAUACAGAGUGGUAUACAUAUAUGUAUAGUAAUUAUUCUCUCUGUAUAUUUGUUGCUUAUAUUUUUUAUGAUGUUUUUUUUUUUCGAAGGUGAAAAAUAUAACACCCUAAUAGUACAGUUAUAAAUUGAAACUUGAGGCCUUA